GAUAUCGAGGACUCUGUAUCGUGGUUUAAUCUGCAAGAGAUCUUGAUUUGACGAGAAUGCCUCCUAAAGCGAGUGGUAAAGCGGUAAAGAAAGCCGGUAAGGCUCAGAAGAAUAUCAGCAAGACCGAUAAAAAGAAGAAGAGGAAGAGGAAGGAAAGUUACGCGAUUUACAUCUACAAGGUACUGAAGCAAGUCCACCCGGACACUGGAAUCUCCAGCAAAGCCAUGAGCAUCAUGAACAGCUUCGUAAACGAUGUAUUUGAAAGAAUCGCUGCGGAAGCGUCGAGAUUGGCGCAUUACAACAAGCGCUCGACUAUCACCUCCCGCGAGAUACAAACAGCUGUGAGGCUCUUGUUGCCGGGUGAAUUGGCCAAGCACGCAGUCAGUGAAGGCACGAAGGCGGUAACCAAGUACACCAGCUCCAAAUAAAUUUCCAAUAAUCCUCCAGUACACAAACGGCCCUUUUCAGGGCCAACAAAAAUUUUUAACGUUGAUUUUUCUGGGUUUUGCAUAAAAAUGCGCUAUAUUAUGCAUUUAUCAAUUUUACAAAAAAUAAUUUAUAUGAUGUAAAGAUUAUUUCGCUUUAAAGUCAAGUAUGAUUCUCCAAAUUAAAUUUUAUUAAUUUAAAACUCAGAAAAAUUUAAUCAAGUUGCAUUUUAUGUGAAUUUAUUAUCGUUAAAUAUUAGAAAUAUUCACGCGUAAAGAUUACCGUAAUACUUCGGUAUAUAAAUAACGGAAAUAAAGAAAGAAAAUGUUUUGAACACGCUAAUUGCUAAUACUUGACAGUUAUGUUAAUACAUUUAUUUUUCAAUUAUAAUAAUAUUGAAGAAUAACAAUUUUUUUUUUUUUUUUUUGUAAAAUACAAUAAUUCCAUCAAAAAUAUUCUUGAAAAAUUUUAAAAUAUACACUUUAUUGUGUUUUGUAAAUAGCAUGUAUAUAUGUACAUACACGAUUUAUAUUUUGUAUGUACAGUAUAUAUUGUAUGGAUUUAUUUUUAAAAUCAA